AUUUGUAGUGGACUCCACUAGGCGUAGCGAGACAUGUGGCUAUAACCUAAUCUAAUCUAACCUAACCAACAAACAAUAAAUCCAACAAUAACCAAUAAACAGCAAAAAACAGUCAACGAUUGAUUACAACAAUGGACAUAAUAAUUGAUACGGAAGGUGAUUCGGAGUUGGUGACAAAAGAUCGCUUAAUUGAGAGCGAUGACGAUGAUUUAGACUUCAGUAAUACUGGAGGUAAGGAACCGUUGCAAUUUUUUGACAUUGAAGAUUUAACUGUAAAUGACACAACGAAAAAAAGGCACCGCGAUGCGAGUAAAGAUAUCGAUCUCGAGGAAUUUGAAAAAGAUAUGGGUUGGACGGGUGACCCGCGAAAGAAGCAACAAAACAUAGCUACGUCAAUUGUAACCCGUUUGGUGCGAGAAUCAACAGCGGUAGACAAAAUACUCGAAAAAAGCGUUAUUAAACCAGGUUUUGAACAGUUAGAGGCUGUACCUCCUUAUGAAGAAAGCGAAAAGCAAUUGCAAAUUAAAAGACGUAAAGAGCGGGCUAAGACCAAGGGCAAUGAUUGGUUUAAUAUGCGUCCUCCAGAGAUGACACCAGAGAUCAGACGUGAUCUCCAAGUUCUGCAAAUGAGAUCAGCAUUGGAUCCAAAACAUUUUUAUAAGAAGAACGAUCUCAAGGUACUACCGAAAUACUUUCAAAUUGGUAAGGUUGUUGAUUCACCUUUAGAUUACUAUUCGAGUCGUCUGACAAAGAAAGAACGCAAGGCCACAAUUGUGGAUGAACUUAUGGCUGAUGCUGAAUUUUCUAAAUACAAUAAACGUAAAUAUAAGCAGAUCAUAGAUGAAAAGAAAAAAUUGCGUUACAAAGCUCAUAAGCAUGCAAAGAAACUCAAAGGAAAGAAAAAAUGA